CACAGACACACAGAGGGAAGGUGGACGGAGCUGGUGGUCAGACUGAUGCAGAGCUUCAGACCGGAGAGGUUCGUGGCCAAAUUCUGUGGACUACCCAAUCAGAGAAGACAAAUACUCAACCGGAUGAGACACGUUCAAUCCAUUGCCAUUGAGUGCUGCAACCAACACAAAGAUUUGUGUGUGUGAUUUGUGUGUGUUGUUACAUUAUAGUUAGUUGUAUGUGUGAACAUGUCUGAAAACAUUCAUGUGAGUGUGUGCAUGAUAAGCGUGACUGUGAGUGGGGGUGAUGGUGUUCACUAUGUCUGAGGAGGACGUGAUUAACUGCACUAUCAGCCAUGAAAUCCACCAGUACCUUUUCUCCUGUGUUUAUAUCCUCGUACUGCUGAUUGGUGUUCCCUCCAACCUGUACUCUUUAUACCACGCUGCUCUGCAGCUGAAGCAGAAGAAUGAGCUGGGAGUUUAUUUAAUGAACCUCACCGUGUCUGAUCUGUUAUACCUGGCAUCAUUACCACUUUGGCUACAGUACAUCUUUCAGGAUGAUGACUGGCGUCACAGGGAAUGGUUGUGUCAGCUGUGUGGCUUCCUGCUCUAUGAGAACAUCUAUAUUAGCAUUGGUUUCCUGUGCUGUAUCAGUCUGGAUCGCUACCUGGCUGUGGUCCAUCCUUUAAGGUUCACCUCUCUCCGGUCUAUGAAUGCAGCGUGGCUCGUCAGCACCAUCAUCUGGCUGAAAGAGAUCGCUGUGGGUGUGGUUUUUUUCCGCCAUAAAGAGCUGAGCCAAGACCGCAAGAACCAAUCAGUGUGCUUCGAGCACUACCCCAUGAAGCCAUGGGAGUAUCCAAUCAACUACUACCGCUUCACUAUUGGCUUCAUGUUCCCACUGGCCAUUCUAUCGAUCAGCUACCUGUGUGUCCUUCGUGCCGUGGGUCGGAGCGCUGGGACACAGCCAGAUCAGAAGACGAGGGUCAGGCAGUUAGUCACUAGCACGAUCCUCAUCUUUCUCGUCUGCUUCUCUCCCUACCACAUCUUUCUGCUAGUGCGCACCCUGUUGGAGCGGGACUGCAACUUCAUCGCAGGAAUAUUUAACUACUACCACUUGUCGUUGUUGCUGACCAGCCUGAAUUGCGUGGCUGACCCUGCUCUCUACUGUUUUGUAAGCGAAAGUGCCCGCCGUGGCCUGUACAGCGCCAUAUUGCGGCCUGUUGCCAGGAUACUGUGCUGUUGCUGUCGCCGUGGCAAUGCCAGCCCAGGCAACCCAGCCACCGAUUCCCAUGAAGUCGCCACCGAUGAGAACAAUGGCCAUCCAACUGUGAUGCUGCUCACACACACCAGCACACUCAACAACCUAAAAACCGACGCUUCCAGGGAAAACUCAAUUUUAAUCACACAGACUGAUGAAAAAACUGGCAAACCCUUAAUUGUACAAAAUGAGAGACUCUCUGACAAAUGUGUGGAGCCCAGCUGUGUCAUAGCCAUGGAAGAGCAUUGCCAAAAGACAGAGAAUACCGAAGAGAGUGACAAGAACACCAGCUAAUAUAAUCCAAGGAACAACGAGGAACCAUUUCAGUCCAGGCUGCGGGGUGGUGGGAUUAUGACGACAAGACUGAUUUUUAGAUGAACUGAGAUAAGAGUGAGUAGAAAAUGCACAAGAGACCCACCACAACUAACCUGCCUACAAGUGUAGCCUCAGUGUAGCAGUGACCCUGAUGAGAGCUGGUUGUCUAUCCCAGCUGCGUUUACAUCAUGAUCAUUCAAUGGCAUUGGACUGAAACUCUCUGAAGUGUUUAUUCUGAGCUCUGAUAUAGCAGACACGAUGUGAGAGCUCAACAUGAAUCCAAGGUCUAUUUUUACACUCUCAAUGCCCUGUUUACAUUUCUCUGCUUUCUAGACAUGGGAGCUAAUUGGAGGUGGAGUUUGAGAUUGACAAAAGAUCCUUUUGCAUCAAGAGGUCACAGUUGAACUUGUAAUUAAUUGUAUUUAACUAGUACCACUUUCUAAGAAGGUACCCUUUAUAAAGUUAGUUGUAACCAAUGGCUUUAUUAAUGGUUAAUAAAUCACCCACUCGUGCUUUAGGGAUUAUCAACUAUGUUUGAGUUGCAGCAGUAGCGUGGCUAGAAACCAUAUUGUCACUAGUAUCACUAGUAUUUAAUUAAUUUACAGUACAGGCACCGGCGUGAACAAACAAAAAAAAUCAUAACACCUGAUGGAGGGUGUGGCGGUAUAACCAGCACUGCCUGAAAGUGGUCCUGAUACUGUUGUAAAGAGUUUGGUCUGUACCUGCUCUAAAUGUAAAGUGUCCUGAGACAACUUCGGUUGUGAUUUGGCGCUAUAUAAAUAAAAUUGAAUUGGAUUGAGCUGAUACCACAUCACAACUAGAUCACAGACUAUAUAAAACAUGAUGUAGUAUCUGUGAUGUAAUCCAUGGGUUUAGCCACCCAUAUUGAUAGACUGCGCCAAACAAAAACUGCUGCUGAAACCUAGUGUCUGUCGAUCAAAAUGAUCAAAAAAUGACCAUAAUUAGGCGCAACUUAAAGCUUUAAUAUAAUUUGAAUGAGUGAGUUAUGUAAGUGAUAGUGUAGCGUGAGCAGGUUCCUAUAGAGAAAUAAACCCUGACGGGAUGACAUUGACACGCUUCUAUUCUUCCUCAUUAUCCCGCUUGGAACACAGCUUACUACUAAAGGAUUCCCACCUGUACAGCCCAAAUCUUUUUUUGUACCAUAGUGUUUAUUUCUGCUGUAAAGUGGACCAUUUUUUAUUGGGUCUAUGGAGCUUUUUGAGCCAGCCUCAAGUGGCCACUCGAGGAACUGCAGUUGUUGUCACUAUGGAUUGGCUUCAUUUGUCAAACCUGGAUGUUGCUGCUUGACCUAGACACAUCCUAAGUGCAUGGUGGCUAAUUGUUUUGAUCAGUGCAUGAAGGAAAUUAGCAUCCUCAUGGGCUUCCAUAUCAAACUGGUGCAUGCCAUGGAAAUUUUGAAUACGAAAUCUUAUUUUCUGCCAACCUUCUACAGUGUUUUGUUCAUCACAGUGUAACCAUGGAGUUGAGACUUUAGCAAGAAGUAAGUAAGUAAGAAGUAAAAAUUGAGAAAUCAUUAGCUUUAAAGCAAGACUGUGUGUAAACAGCAAACGAUGCCAAUACUUGAUAUAAAUGCUAAAACAUGCGGAACUGCAGCACAAGUAAAGAAGAAUCAUUCAAGUCAGCAAACUGAGUCAGUACACAGCAUGCCAGUGUUGUUGCUGUCACACAGCAUUAGCUGUAUAAAGUUUUGGUAACAUUACCAGACCAAGUAAGGCUGUAGCAGAAAAACACCUCUUGCAAACUACUGAGUGCUUAUGAAUUUAACUUUGAAUUUGUAAGAGGAAGAUUAUUAUUUGCUUCGUCAGAAGUUACACAGUCUGGCUUUAAACAUUAAUUUUUAAAUAAAUUGACUGGACUGUCCUUCCAUUGUCAUUGUUUCACAACUUUAGCCCUAACAUGGAAGGAAGGUUUUUAUUCCUUACAUUUUCUAAAAAGAAAGUGUUGCUAUUUUGGGUUCAAUAUUCUAUGAAAUACUUUAAGAAAUUAUGAGGCUUAGGAUGACUGACAUGCAUCUGUCCAGGUCUGCUUCUGUGCCUAAAGACAAUAAAUAUCAAAGGAAACAAUCUGUAACGUUUACAUGUGGCUACUUGCAUGCAUGGGAAUGGAACUAUAUUGUAGUGAUUAUCAUUUAUAUUAAGAAUCUACAAGUUAACAAAAGUAUUAUGUUCACCACUUGCAUUGUUAUGGAUCUAUAAAAUUUGUCGAAAAAUUAGUUUGGAAGUAUAUCAAGGUCAGAACUUCAUUUGUUAAAGUAACUCAACAAAAUCUUGCUCCAUAAUCAUGUAGUAUAACAGAACAUAAAAUGUCAUCAAAGUAUGAAAUUAUUGUCAAAAUGUAAUCUGCUGUGGAAAUAUUACUUUUUCGUCCAAAUUGCAAAAAUGUUAACUGUGACUUCAUAGUGGAGGAUUGAAUUGUUACAGAGAUAAAAUAUUAUGGUCAAAUCAUUGUGUCGUAUAUGUGUGUGUGUGUGUGUGUACAGAUGUCUCUGUGUGGUUUCAGUCUGACCUCAGCCUUCCUGUUCUGAUGCUGCCAGCAUCAACAGAGGGAAGUCUUUUUGACCUUAUGAGUACGAGAUUUUCUCUCUCUCUGUCUCUCUCUCUGUCUCUCUCGCUCUCUAUGUCUCUCUCUCUCUGUCUCAAUGUCUCUCUUUA